AAUAUUUGAAAAUUGAAAAUAGUUAAUAUUUCAAAAUUCCUAAAUCUAAAUUGCAUCUGUAUUGUUGUAACUUAGAGUUAGGUGAUUGUAGUUUUUCAUUUUUAUUUUUAAAAAUAUAUAUUUUUUUUUUUAUUUAUCUGUUAUAAUGUCUGAAUUAAAUGUAAAUGAUGAGCUGAUGCUAUUGGAAAGAGUAUUUUAUCGAAUUGGAUCAGCUGAUACUGAUGAACAGCUUUCUGCCUGUAUAAAUAAUUUUCUAGUACCUGUAUUACAAAAAUUAUCAUCAUCCCACGAAUCUGUUAAAAAUAAAGUUGUUGAAUUACUUACUCAUAUAACAAGGGUGGUUAAGCGAAGUUCCAAUAUUGCAUUACCAGUUGAUCAACUAGUUACUCUUUUAGCUUCUAGUACCAACAAUUUUGUCUUGAACUUCACAGUGGUAUUUGUUAAGAUAAGCUUUGGUCGCAUUGAGGGUAAUAAGCAAAUCGAGCUGAUUCCUUCCCUAAUAAACUCUAUUGCUAAAAGAAGUAUUUCUCAUCAAGAAAGCAUUCUGUUACUAAUAAUUGGUUGUCUGAAUAAGUCAAAUGUACAAACAGCUAGUAAAGGAGUUUCAGUCAUAAAAAAUCAUCAAGAAUUAAUUUCAAUUAUCACAGAACUUAUGUUAGAUGUUCUGUUGUUGACUUAUAAAUGGGCUGGUACCGAUAAUGAUCCAUUGGCUGGAUUUAAUAAUAAAUCUAUGAAACGUUUACGUCUAAACAUUCCGUUAAUUUUUACUGAUGCUGAUUAUCAUGAACAAGUAAAACUAGGAAUUUUAGGAUUGAUAUCAGCUAAUAUUUUUGAAUCACAAAAAAUACUAGUUCAUUCAAUUGUUGGAGCUGCUGAUACACGUUACACUGUAGCAAAUUCAGGGGAAAACGAAUUGAGAAAAAUUACUUGUGAGAUUGAUUGGUCUAAACCAUCUAGUAUGAUACCUUUAUAUACACUGUUUCUUGGUGUUAGUCCUAACAAACAAGAUAGUAGUAAAAAAGAACCUGCAUGUGUGCGUAUUAAAUUAAAAAUAUUACCAUGUCUGUGUUUGAGUAAAAGUGAAGAAUCUGUUCUUUGGCCUCAGUGUAUGCAGAUUAUAUUUGAUUGUUGGAAUGGUAAAAAUACAAAUCAAAGGUUAAAAUAUUUAGCAUUACAAUAUGCACAAGUAAUUAUUCGGCAAAAACCAGAAAAAACAUUAUGCCAAGCUACACCUAUUCUUUUGAAAUCUGGAUUAUUAAAAUUGCUAGAUUCUCCAGAAUUAGAUUUAAAUGGAAAACAAAUGACUUAUACUUUAAUUGGUAUGUUGAUAUCUAAAGUGCCCACAUCAGUAAAUAAUAAUAUUGGACAACUUCAGUUAUUCUUUGAAGCGUUAAUUAAGGAUACAUCUUCUGACUUAAAAGGCUCUAUCAGAUCUUGUUUGAUUUCAAUGUGUAGUGCAUAUAAAGACUCUAACGUAUUGUCAAAUAUUUUAGACAUGUUAGCAUAUUAUUGUAAAAUUUCUGAUGGACUUUUAAAACAAGUAACAACUUAUUAUUUGUCAAACUUAUUUCCAGCUAAUGAUGCUCGUUCAAGAUUAUUGCUUAUCCAAUCUCAUGCAACAUCUACUGGUGAUUCUGAUCUAAAAAAAGUAUUAUACAAUGUAGAUGAAGCAGGUAAUCUAAUUGGUGUUAAUGGAGAUGCUUUACUUUUACCAAAAUUUUCGGAUAUGGUGUUGACAGUUGUAAAUAGUAAUGAAAAAUUUGACAUCCAAGUCUUAACAGAAAUAGCUGAAUAUCUUAGCCAUUGCCUUACUUUCAGUGCUGGCUUACCAGUAACUUAUAACACACUUUAUCAUCCAUCAGCACAUACUCCUGAAAUUUCAAACUACUUAUUAACUGUUUAUAAGUCUGAAGCCCAAAUUAUUGAUAGUUUUUUCAAACUUAUGUUACAAAUUAUUCAAGUUAAACCUAGCAUAAUACCAUUAAAUAAUUUAUUGGCAUGUAUUGCAGCUUUACCUAAUCAAUUAGCUAGUCAAUGUAUUAAAGAUUUGAAUAUAAUUCAGAAAUUAUUUGUAUCUAGUAAUGAAGAUAUACGACAGUUAAGUGGAACGAUGUACGGUAUAAUUUUAUCUAAUUUGGAUGACACAAUAUCUAAUAAACGUACAAAUGAAUUGGUCAUGGGCAUUAUGGAUAAAAAUAGAAGUAAAGCUUUAGAAACUCAUGCAUCGUUAUUUGCAGUCUCGUCUCUACAAGAAUUUAGAAUUUAUAACAAUAAAAAUAUUCCACCAAUAAUUAACCAAGAUAUAUUUGUAACAAUAAUAUCUAUACUUGAUGAUGCAAGUCCUUUACUCGUUGGUACAGCUUGUGAUGUAAUUGGUGCAAUUUCAAGACUUGGGCCAAUGCCUUUAGAUGAAUCAAAGAAGACAUCAUUAAUAAAAACAUUGCUAAAGCUUUCAUUCAACCCUUCAGUUCUCUCAAAAAUUCGAAACAAAGCAAUUAAAUGUACAGGGUUCAUUUGUGUUGGAGAAAAUUCAGAAAACAGUAAAAUUGUAGUUCAAGAGUACUUAGAAAAUACUAAACAUACAAAAGAUAUUGAAAUUCAUUUAUCAAUUGGCGAUAGUAUAUCAUGUGCUAUACUUGGACCUUAUUCUAAAAUGUCUCGUAAUUUUUGGAUGUGUACAGAACAAGAGUACCAAAAUAAUUUACCAAUUAAUAGCGCUGUUGAAAAAUGUGAUAAAUUAGCUGAUUAUUUUUCAAACUCAAUACUUGAAAAAGCAGAAUCUGAAGAUCAUCCUAAUUCAAGACAAGCAUGCUGUGUAUGGAUCUAUAGUGUACUUAAUGAAUGUCAUGAAUUGCCAUCCAUAAAAAAGAAGUUAGCUCGUAUACAAACUGCAUUUGUUUCACUUCUUGCGGAAAAAAAUAGUUAUAUUCAGGAUUUAGCAUCAAAAGCUUUAAUUCAUGUAUAUGAAUAUGAAACUGAAGAUCAUAAAGAUCAAAUUUUGAAAUUACUUAUCAAUCAAUUAUCAGAAUAUAUGUCUGUUGGUAAAAGUGGCAAAGAUACUUCUGGAGGCAUUUUGUCUACCUACAAGGAGUUGUGCUCAUUAGUGACUGAUUUAAGUAGACCUAAACUAUUGUACAAAUUUAUUCAGUUAGCUAAUUAUAAUAAAAAAAAGGAAUCAAAAUCAAAAUUGGAAAUUGAUGAACAAUUAUGUGAGCAGUUACCUUUUAUUAUUCCUAGGCUUUAUCGUUACCAGUACGAUCCAACUCCUAUUGUUCAAUCAUCCAUGAGUGCUAUUUGGAGUUAUUUGGUGUUGGACACUCGCAUUAUUGUAGAGAAAUAUUACAAAGAAAUAUAUUUAGAUUUGGUAAAAAAUUUAACAUGUCCUAAUUGGAAAGUUCGUAUUUCUGUUUGCCAAGCUUUCCCAUCAUUUUUACAAUACACGGGUGAUAAAAUUUUUUCGAAUUGUCUAGAAUUAACAAUAGAAGCUUGGACAGAGUUAAUUAGAGUAAUGGAUGACAUACAUGAAGGAACAAGAAAAGCUGCUACUUCUACUGCAAAAACUUUAUCAAAAUUAUGUGUGAAUGAGUGUACAAAUAAUAAUCAGCUUCUACAAAGGCUUUUGCCAAUAAUUUUAGAUAAAGGUUUAUACCAUACUGAAGCUAGUAUAAGAGCAGUAAGUAUGGAUAUGAUAUCACAACUCAUUGUCAAUUGUGGAGAUAAACUAAAAAGUGAUUUAGCUAAAUUAAUAAUUGCUCUUUUGAGAGGUGCUGAUAAGGUGGAAACUGCAACUAUCAGCAUGUUAAGCGUUAUGUCUGGUGCCAACCCUGAUACACAAGAAAUAAUUGAUUCAGCUCGUGCAGCAUCAGCUAGAUCUUUAAGUUCUAGUGAUGUUUUAUCUAAAAGCUUACUUUAUGUGGAUGAUAUAGUUUUACAAGAGCUUAUACCACUUCUACAAGAACUUUUGACUGCAAAUAUAGGAUUGCCAACAAAAGUAGCUGCAUCACAUUUUGUCAGUUUGUUAAUUGCUCAAAACCAACAUCAAUUAAGUCAAAAGUUUUUAGAUAGGAUUUUGAAGUCAUUAAUGAAAGGCAUUACUGAUCGAAAUCCAACAAUCCGAAAGAGUUAUGCAUCUACAAUUGCUGUAAUUACUACAGUAGCAAAAGAAAAUACUGUCAAUAAACUUAUACAGUCUCUAAAAGAUGUGUAUAUGUCUAAUGAAGAUGAUAGUAUAAGAUACGCGGUUGGUUGUGCAUUAAAAGGAAUAAGUCAAUGUGAGAAAUCUGAUAUAUAUUUGCCGCACAUUAUUCCCUUAAUAUUCUUUGCUAUACACAGCAAACAAACUAAUGUAGAUGGAACAAAUAGUAGUAAAAAUAAUGAAAUUUGGAAGGAACUUUGGGAAGACAAUGUACAUAAUACUGAAAGUGUUCUAUUUCGUCAAUUAGAUUCAUUGUAUGAAUUUUUAGGAGAAGCUAUAAAAUCUUCUUCGUGGGCAAUGAAAUCUCAAGCAGCCAGAUCAAUUGGUGAUGCAGCAGAAAAACUUGGUCAAAGUUUAAAUGAAGAACAUCGAAAUAAAUUUAUUGAAACAAUUAAAACUGGAUUAAAUGGUCGUACUUGGGAUGGAAAAGAAUUUUUACUAGAAGCAUUAUUACAACUGAAUUUAAGUUCUAGUAAUUCAACAGAGAAUCGAAAAAAUGAAGAAAUUGUGGAUUUAGUUUUUAAUGAAUGCAAAAAAGAAAAAAUAAACUAUAGAAUGGUGGCAUUAAAUACUAUUGGGGAAUUAUUAGAAAAGUUAAAAAUUGAUCGUUUUGCUCAAACAUACCAAUUAGUUAUGCAUGUCAUUCAAAAUAGCACUGAUAACUCAGAUAUUGAGGAUAAAACACAAAAUUUGAAAUUAAAAGAAUCUUUGUUUUCUUUAGUAGGAAAAGCAUGGCCUCACACCUUAGCAACUCAAGUUCAAUUUGGAGAAACUGUUGUUGCUCAAUGUGCAGAUCACCUAAAAAAUAAUACUCGUCCUUUACAAAUAGCUAUAAUAGGUACUUUGUUAAAAGUUAUAGAAAAAUUAGCCUUUUUCCAAUUAUAUACAAAUCAUAAACAACAAUUGAAGUAUAUUUUUAGUCAUGUUAGACGAGCAUUGCAUUAUUCCUUUGGUGUUCCAAAAAGUAUUAUUUUAAGAAAACUUUCUCUAGAGAUUUACAUCAUGGUGAUAACUAACCUUAAAAGUUUGAAAGCGGCGGAGGAGUUGGAUUUGUUUGUAGAACUUUACAAUGAGUUCUCAAUGAACUUUAUCGCCGACGAGUCACCGGAAAUCAAACUUCUCUUACAGACCGUUAAAGAAUCAAUGGGAUAGCGGCAUUCACUGCCUGUCAAGUUAACAACUACUAAUGUUAUCUGCUUUGACCUUUAGUAUAAUUAAUAUAAAAUAUGUAUUUCUUUUUAAAAUUUACUUUUUAUUAAAUAAAUGGAUAAUAUAAUAACGCUCGAAA